AUUUGACGCAGCUGCACUGAACAGGAGACUUUUCUCUCAUAACAGUGCAAAGGUGGAGGAUGGCUGUAGGAGAUGGUUUAUGGCUUGGUAACUGCUGUUUGACUUGACAUGAAACUAAAUUAUAGAGUUUUUGAUCCUGGUGCUGAGCUAGUGUUUAGAAGCUAAUUGUAAGAACGUCAAAUCCCCUAUCGACUGAUUGAUUUAUUUUAUUUGAUGGUUUAAAUAACACACACAGUAAAAAAAAACAACACAGUGCAUAUUUAUAUAAAAAAAAACGCGAAUAAAAGGUUUUCUAUUGAUCUAUCAUUAGCUAAGAAGUUAGGCAAGGCUUUCAGUUGCUGUGGUAAUGUGUUCCACUCCACAGAUGACCGUCACUUUGCCGUACAGAAGGUUCGCUGACAUGACGCCCUUGCGCUCUGACUGAGUCAAGAUCAAGAAGGUGGGUGUGACUGGCAGAGUGCCUCCUCGACUCCGCGCGAAACAUGUCCUCACGUUUCUGCGUGCUGCUGGAAAACUAGACAACCGUGUAUUUCACAAAUCCACGCUUUAAAAUGUUUAGAUUACAUCCGAGAAUGACGAACGUUAUAUCAUCGAGGUACCGUAAUGGCUGACGGUGAUUGAUUCAGCAUGGAUACAGUAUCGGCUGUGAUUUCUCCUGAUGUUUCCAACACUUCUGACAUCAUGUGAAGGGAUCCAGAGAGGAUGAAGAGGAGGGGUGAAGAAUACUGACAUAAAGAACCGUGAUGGAGUCUAUUCAGUCACCUGACAUCCCCAUGGACAGGUACUUCAACAGCACAUGGAGACACCCGUACGGCCAGGAGACUGUCCCGCCACUUUUCAACAGCUCUUUCCACCUCCAGCACCACAACAGCUUACACAACACCCUACUAGGUAUCUUCCUGGGCUUCCUGUCGCUGCUCACCGUCGUCAUGAACAUCCUGGUACUCUACGCUGUGAAGAAGGAGCGGACCCUCCACACGGUGGGCAACCUCUACAUCGUCAGUCUCUCCGUGGCGGAUCUCAUCGUCGGGGCCACCGUCAUGCCCCUCAACCUGGUAUAUCUGCUGGAGGACGAGUGGAGGCUGGGGAGGGUCGUCUGUCAGUUCUGGCUCAUCAUGGAUUAUGUAGCCAGCACAGCCUCCAUCUUUAGUCUGUUUAUACUAUGUCUGGAUCGGUAUCGGUCCGUUCACGAGCCGCUGAGGUACCUGAAGUACCGGACCAGAGGGAGAGCUAGCAUUAUGAUCUCAGGGGCCUGGCUAAUGUCCAUGACAUGGAUUAUUCCUAUACUAGGUUGGAGGUCCUUCGUUCAGGUCGACCUCAAACCAGAGAUGGAGAAUAAGUGUGACACUGAUUUCCGGUUUGUUACGUGGUUUAAGGUUUUAACAUCAGUGUUUAACUUCUACCUUCCGUCUCUGUUGAUGCUGUGGUUCUAUUCACGCAUCUACAUGGCUGUGAGACAGAACUUCAGAGAGAGGGAGAGGAUUAUCAAUCCCACAGAUUCCGUGGUGGAAAACAAGAUCGGACACAAAGUCCAAACAGGAAAUAGCCCCUGCGAGUCUAAGAAAGAAAGAAACUCAGACUUUGAUCAGUACACGUUAGAUCAGCCGUACGACUCCACAGAUACAGUGGAAACCAACGCACCCAGGGAACCCAAGUCGGAGAAAGAAUCUCAUUCCAGUCAUUCAGUGCUCAGAAUGACAAAACGUCUGAGGACGACGGUAAAGGACAAAAGAAAGAGCGGCUCUUCGUCUUUCCAGCAGAAGAAUUCGGACUCGGAGACCCCUUUGAACCUGUCCUCUUUACCUCUUGGCUUCACAAACUACGACGACGACGACAACAACGUGCAGAAACUCUACGUGUCCGUGAACGACUGCAAGGUAGCCGUGCCGCCAAACUCCGUGGCUGGAGUCUGCGAAAUAACCCAGAUAUCUGACAUGCAGAGAUACACCACCAUGUUCUACAACAACGAGUUCACCCAGUCUGUGAAUUUAUCCCCGUCACCAUGUCCCCAUAAUUCACCCCAGUCACCCCCGCCCCAGGAGGACUCAGAGCCUGAUGAUGGUACUAGCACGGACGCAGCAGCCAACGCUUUGACUCUAAAACAGACCUGGCAGAAGUUCUGCGCCCAGUCCAGGCAGCGUAUCCAGAGCCUUCAGGUCCAUAAGGAGCACAAAGCGGCCAAGCAGCUGGGCUGUAUUAUAGCUGGGUUCAUGAUGUGCUGGAUCCCUUACUUCAUAGUGUUUAUGGUCAUGGCUUUCUGCCAGACCUGUGUACAUCAUAACCUACACAUGUUCACGAUAUGGCUCGGGUAUAUAAACUCUACCUUGAACCCGUUCAUAUACCCGCUCUGCAAUGAGAAUUUCAAACGGGUGUUUAAAACUAUCCUACACAUUAAUUUAUGAUGAAUAGGAUUAUGAACAGUGCAUUGAGGGGAAUUUCUGUGUAUUUUCUUAUUUUAUUUAUUUAUUUUAUUUUAUUUAUUUUUAUUUCACCUUUAUUUAACCAGGUAGGCUAGUUGAGAACAAGUUCUCAUUUGCAACUGCGACCUGGCCAAGAUAAAGCAAAGCAGUGUGAACAGACAACAACACAGAGUUACACAUGGAGUAAACAAUAAACAAGUCAAUAACAUGGUAGAAAAAAAGAGAAUCUAUAUACAAUGUGUGCAAAAGGCAUGAGGUAGGCAAUAAAUCGAAUAAUUACAAUUUAGCAGAUUAACACUGGAGUGAUAAAUCAUCAGAUGAUCAUGUGCAAGAAGAGAUACUCUUGUGAUGCUUUACCUUGUAAUAUGUGUGCUUGAAUAUUUUGAGUGACCUCAAUUUGGUACCUUAAAUUUGUAUAAUUUUGUAAAUAUAAUGCUUAUUUAUUGUCCGCCUAAAUAUUUUCGCAUUGUCCGCCUAAAUAUUUUUCAGACCCAGACCAUAACAUCAUCGUUCCUACUCUGUGAAAAGACAGAAAGCAGCUCUGUCUUUAUUUAUUAUUUAUUCGAAUAACUCUGCUGAAGAAGAUUAACUCUGCUGAGAAGAAUAACUAUGUAGAAGGAGAAUAACUCUGCAGAAGGAGAAUAACUCUGCUGAGAAGAAUAACUAUGUAGAAGGAGAAUAACUCUAUAGAAGGAGAAUAACUCUGCAGAAGGAGAAUAACUCUGCAGAAGGAGAAUAACUCUGCUGAGAAGAAUAAUUAUGUAGAAGGAGAAUAACUCUCUAGAAGGAGAAUAACUAUGUAGAAGGAGAAUACUCUGCUGAGAAGAAUAACUCUGUAGAAGGAGAAUAACUCUGUAGAAGGAGAAUAACUCUGUAGAAGGAGAAUAACUCUGCAGAAGGAGAAUCACUCUGCAAAAGGAGAAUAACUGCAGAAGGAGAAUAACUCUGCAGAAGGAGAAUAACUCUGCAGAAGGAGAAUAAGUCUGUAGAAGGAAGGAGAAUAACUCUGUAGAAGGAGAAUAACUCUAUAGAAGGGGAAUAACUGCAGAAGGAGAAUAACUCUGUAGAAGGAGAAUAACUCUGUAGAAGGAGAAUAACUCUAUAGAAGGGGAAUAACUGCAGAAGGAGAAUAACUCUGUAGAAGGAGAACAACUCUGUAGAAGGAGAAUAACUGCAGAAGGAGAAAAACUCUGCAGAAGGAGAAUAACUCUGCAGAAGGAGAAUAACUCUGUAGAAGGAGAAUAACUCUGUAGAAGGAGAAUAACUCUGUAGAAGGAGAAUAACUCUGUAGACGGAGAAUAACUCUAUAGAAGGAGAAUAACUGCAGAAGGAGAAUAACUCUGUAGAAGGAGAAUAACUCUGCAGAAGGAGAAUAACUCUGUAGAAGGAGAAUAACUCUGUAGAAGGAGAAUAACUCUGUAGAAGUAGAAUAACUCUGUAGAAGGAGAAUAACUUUAUAGAAGGGUAAUAACUGCAGAAUGAGAAUAACUCUGUAGAAGGAGAAUAACUCUGUAGAAGGAGAAUAACUGCAGAAGGAGAAUAACUCUGUAGAAGGAGAAUAACUCUGCAGAAGGAGAAUAACUCUGUAGAAGGAGAAUAACUCUGUAGAAGUAGAAUAACUCUGUAGAAGGAGAAUAACUUUAUAGAAGGGUAAUAACUGCAGAAUGAGAAUAACUCUGUAGACGGAGAAUAACUCUGUAGAAGGAGAAUAACUCUAUGGAAGGAGAAUAACUGCAGAAGGAGAAUAACUCUGUAGAAGGAGAAUAACUCUGCAGAAGGAGAAUAACUCUGUAGAAGGAGAAUAACUCUGUAGAAGGAGAAUAACUCUGUAGAAGGAGAAUAACUCUGUAGAUGGAGAAUAAUUCUGUAGAAGGAGCAUAACUCUGUAGAAGGAGAAUAACUCUGUAGAAGGAGAAUAACUCUAUAGAAGGGGAAUAACUGCAGAAGGAGAAUAACUCUGUAGAAGGAGAAUAACUCUGUAGAAGGAGAAAAACUCUAUAGAAGGGGAAUAACUGCAGAAGGAGAAUAACUCUGUAGAAGGAGAAUAACUCUGUAGAAGGAGAAUAAUUCUGUAGAAGGAGAAUAACUCUGCAGAAGGAGAAGAACUGCAGAAAAAGGCAAGAGACAUUUUCAAUAAAAUCUGCUUCAAGUGCUUGUCCAUUUUUGGUGAAAAUGGAAAUGUGUCGUAAUGGAAUCUGAAUUUUUGUUAGAUAUGAGUCAGUGCCGUGUCUGUGCUGUCCAAUAAAAGGAUCCUAACUGA